AUGGAGGGAAGACGCAAGAACACUUCAGAUCAGAAGAUUCCGGAGGAAACCCCAAGUAAGAAGAUGCCUCGAGGGAAAACCUCUUCACAGGAGAGUCGAGGGGAUCCUUCCGCAAGCUCAAUCGCAGAGAAAUUAGUGAAUAUGUGGAAAACGAAAGCUCAUUUCACUCCAGUAUUCUCUCAAGAGAGUUCUGAGGUUGUUAAGAUCAAGCAGAUCGAAGAUAAAUGUGCUUCUCUGGAACAAGCCAACAAUAAACUGCAGAUCAACCUCGCGUCAUCAGAAGCAAAGACCGCGAAACUAACCGUUGAUUUAAUGAAUCAAACUCGCCAACAGCAGCAUCUGUUGAGCAAAAUGACUGUUGUUUGGGAUUACAUGAACAGGAUCACUGAUACCAUAAAUUACGUGACUGAAACAGCGGAUGACUGCAAGGGUCAUACUACACGUCUUACUUCUGAGUAUAACGAAGUGAUCGUGAAGCUUUAUGCGGACAAUGAGACUCUGAAGGCUCAGGCAGAACAAUAUGCAAAAGAGAGAAGUCAAUAUGCUGAGGAACUCCAAAAGCUCUCUCAGAAAGAAACUGAACUAGUUGAAUUGAAACCAAAGUAUCAUAUCCUUCACGUUGAGGUCGAGAGCUACAAGAAGAAACUGCAGGAACUAGGGGAGGGCGAGAGACAUCUCCAAAAGAGAAUCGUUGAGCUGGAAGCCACUGUUGGUGAAGAAAAAAGGAGAUUGGAGUUAAUGUGCGCAGCUGAGACCGAAAAAUUGAAUCAGCAACGUCAUCUCCAUGAGAUUGAGACACAGAAGUUCCUGAAGGAGAUUGAAGGGCUGAAGGAGAAGUCUAAGAAUCUACAGCAUGAAAAGAACGAUGUCUUUCGGUUGUUGGCUGAGAAGGAGGCGGAGAUAAAGAGUUUCGAGCAGGCUGUCGAUCACUACAAAGCAAAUGUAGAAGAAUUAAAGACUGAACUGGCUGAGAAAACUACUCGUUGUCAGCGUGCGAAUGAUGAGAUGGUGAAGUGCGAGGGUGAAAUGCUGGAGAAAAAUAAACAGAUCUCUCAACUUACACAACAACUCGAGACUGUUCAACUCGACUUAUCAAGGAAGGCAGCUGUUUUAGCAAGUGUGGAGGAGGCUAAAUGUGACUUAGAACAGGAGAUUGUGAAGAAAGAACUUCAGUCACAAGAGACACAGGCGAAGUGUGGUCAAGUAGAGACAGAAUUGAGAAGACAACUGGUGAUUCUGCAGGAGAAUUUGUCACAGAGAACUUCAGAACUACAGGAGCUUCAAAACAAGUGGAAAGCGGCUGAUUCUCAGAGAGAGUCUAUCUCAGUAGAUUUGUUAAAAUCUAAUCUCUUACUUGAAGCAGUUCAAAAGGAAAAUGUAGACAUUAAAUAUAAAUUAACUUUGAUUAGUUCAACCAAAGAAGGCGAAGUGGGAGAUCUUAAAUAUCAACUGGAGCAUUUGAAUAAGGAAAUGGAGGAAAGACAACUACAGUUCAUGGCUGAGAGUCAGGGAAUGAAAUUAAAAUAUGAAGAAAUAGAAGUUAAAUAUCAAAAUGAGAUGGCAGCUAACAAGCGAAACUGUGAGAACUUUACAGCAGAAUUGACUAAUUUGAAUUCAAAACUCGAAGAACUGCAGGAGCUAAAUAAGGAGCAUCUCGGUGAGAAGGAAAAGCUCAACAAACAAAUCAACUCAUCAGAACAGAAAUUGAAGAGAAUUACGAAAUCAGACGCGCAACUGAAAGACAAGCUCCAGGCAGCCAAUGAGAAUCUAAAAUCAUCUGAACAAAUAAUCCAGGACUUGAACCAGAAGAAUCAGCAAUUAGAAACCAAGAACAAAGAGCUGAUGAAAAUGGAGAAGAAACUGAAGACCGCUGAACAAAGGGCUGAGGAGUUGCAGCAGAAGUACUUCGAUGCGGAUGUUGAUUUCAACGAGAAGAUCCGGAAAAUGCAGAAGGAAUUGGAUGCAGCCAAGGUCAAGCUCCAAGAGGCUAACGAUCAGCGUUUCCUCACAAGAAGCGAAUCCUUUCAGAAGCACCAGAAGAAUCUGGAGGCAUCUGAAAAGAGGGCUCAGGAGUUCGAGCAGAAAUUCUAUGCUUUGCAAGAGACCGAGAAGCAGAGAUUCGAGAAGCAGCAGAGGCUCUUCGAGGAGGCCUCCAUGAGAGCCCAGGAAUUCGAGGAGAAAGCCAGGAAGCUUGAAGCCCAGGGCUUGGAGUUCGAUAGAAAGCUGGCUAGUUUUGAGCACUCACUUCAGAAUCCACAGGUGUUGUCCCCUGUUUCUUGGGGGAGUGCCCACACCACUAAAAAAGUUGUUAUUCGUUCAGAUGAGACUUUUCCACCAGGAACAUUCGAGCAGAUGCUGCCACCCCAAACACCAAGGACCCCCAAACUACCAGUGAAAUCGAUCCUGAAGGCUUCAACGACACCAUCGAGACCGAAGGUACCAUCGUCCCCCAGAGUUUCUCCUGUGCCAGCUCGCAAGCCCCAGGCGUCACAGCCUCAGAAACCCCCGCAGACUCCAAAGUCAACUGCAGAGACGACUGAUCUCACAACUAAUGAACCACCGCGUAGCUCAUCCCCCGACAGUUCUGCGAUGAUUGUCGAUGAUGAGUUUGAUAGGAGUAUGCAGAAAAUACUGGCUAAUUUAUCACAGGAAAGGGCACAAACCAAACGAACGGGUCUGGCGACGAAGAGCCCUAGGAAAUUUUUCAAGAGCAGGGGAUCUCAGCCAAAGUGA